AAGGAGGAAAGUUAUUUCUUACAGAUGAUAGAUAGCCAAAUAACUUCUCCAAAACAUGCAGGAUAAACGGAGUGAUCCCCUUUAGGCUUGAUCUGAUCUGAAGUGACACAUCGUCCAAUAGCUAGCUACCAGACCUAACUGCAUUGCCAUUUUUCGUCAACGUGCAUGCGUGCCUCUGACUAACACCAACAUGUUAAACUUGCAUUAUGGAGGUGGGCAUGACGGGUAGAUGUACGAGUUAAUGAUUCUAGAAGUUCGAGGCAGUAUGGACUGCAUUUAGUUUCAUUCAAUCCGUUGCAGUUCUUUCUUUCUUUGUUUAUAUAUCUACAACAACUGCUUAGAUCUGCAGCGAAUUCUUACAUAGGCAUUCUUCAUUCUUCAUUCUUCUUAAUUCUACCUUUUAGUUUAUAGGUGCAUUUUAUUCACACACUGAGCUGGUCUCAAGCCUUGCGUAUUGUUCUCAUCCUGCGCAUAUAAUCCAUCUCACCUAUCCCAUUCCUUGAAACUAAGCCCUUUGAAACUAAGCCCUUAUUAUUAUUAGUGGAAACAAGAAUCUCUUAGCAGGAGCAUAGACGGUUCUGAAGAUUCAUAUUUAUCAAGAUGCUGGCAAUCGUUACUCUAAUAGCCCUGCUGAGCUUCGCGGAGGCUAGCCGGAAAACACCGCGAACCGCUAUACCUUCAAGCCUCGGUUCGCCUUCGACAACGACAACGUUGGCGACAAUGCCAUCAGUUACGACAAUAGUACCAAGUAGCACACCCUCGGCCCAGCUUAAUACGUCAAGUCCUACACCGCGGCUGACAAGCGCUGGCGCUGCUACGAGCAGGUGUACUACUUUACUACUCGCUGCGCCUACGUCCACAUCUAUUUCAACUCAGACCGCAAUCGACCCUGAGAUUACGCCCUCGCCCGAGUUACCCCCACCAGGGGCUAAUUUCCACGAAAUAGGCGUCAAGUAUGUACAGACUACAUACUACAGCUGCGUAACAUUUCCUUUAGAAACGCACUGCGGCUGGCAUGAACCUAUAUUAGACGCCGGAGCGAGCGGGAUUCGAUGCGAAGGUAGUGGGCAGGUAGCUUUACGUGCUGGCGUUGUCGCUGGUAUCGUCGCUGGCGGAUUGAUACUCGGGCUUUGAUAUCUAAGUGAAGCCCCUUUCAUGUUUUUUUUUUCCUUUUGGGUAUGGGCAGAGAUACCUCUUAACCUAAUGACUUACGAAGUAUCAUCAUGAUAAGCCUGGAACGCUUUGCGAUUAUUAGAUACCUAGGAAAACAGAGGCGUUCGGGAAUCGAUAUAGAGUUAGUAGUUACCGUGAUAGUAAAGAGACAUUAUUACCAAAUGACCAUCAACGGAUCCCGUGCGAUCCCGUGCGAAUAUGUCACG